AUGGCGACCCUUACAGGGACGUCAGGCGUCAUCACAAGUCCUUUUUAUCCAGGAAAUUAUGGUAAUGGCCAGACAUGCAGCUGGAAAAUCACAGCAAGUAGCGGAAAACGCGUCAAGUUGGUCGUUAACGACAUGGACAUAGAACAGGGUGGAAGUAAUUGUGGCAAAGAUUAUUUACAAAUCCAAAAUGGUUUCUUAUAUGGUAGUGGUUUGUCUCAAGGACGAUUAUGUGGGACACGCCAUAGAAACUCGAUUUUUGCUUCUUACCGUGAAACUUUGAUUGUACGUUUUGUCACUGAUAGUUCCGGUCCGCGCCGCGGAUUUAAAGCAACAUACACACAGGUCGUCCCUGGCCGUAAGUAGCAAAAUCCUUGUUUUGAGAUUUGCCCAACACUGUCCAUUUAUGAAAGGAAAAGACCAGUUCUUUAAUAGCUUGUUGAGGCUUGUCUUGAUAUUUUAUUGAUCUUAACCAUAAAUUGUAGAUCAAACUCUUUUGAGACUCCAGUUUUUAGGCAAUACUGCUUUCAGGGAGAUAUGCGCCAAUCCGUUCAAGGCAGAGCGCGAGCGCAUGUCACGUAAAAGCGAACACAUCAUUGAGGCCAGCUGGCGAUAAAGUGCCUAAGUUGAGGAUGAAGAGCAACUCCUCGCGUCGUCUUGUUCUGAAAACAGCCUAUGGCCGAGCCAAUUUUCUUCUUACAGCGAAAUUCGUUGUAUCGCGUAACGUGCUCGCCCAGCUUGGCUGAGAAUGACUCUAGACUGCUCAAGAAUAGCGAAGGGAAUCGCAAUGGGAAGUGGAUUUUUUGUCGAAAAAAGGAAGCCGACGUUGCUUUAUUCUGGCAAGUGACAAGAAUGAGAAAGAUCAUAAAAAUCUGCGAAGCAAACUUAACUUGUCGAUUAUUGCCCGAAACAGGACGUUCACAAAGCAACGAACCUUGAAACACGUAACAAACAAAACGGAUCGAGAUACACCAAUAAAAAUCAAGAAUCACAAACCAUGACCUUUAGAACUUGUGCAAGUGAACAUGCAUUUCCUAAGAGGUCCGCUAAGAUGAUUGGCGGAACAGAAAAACCCAAAACAUGCAAAACGCACAGCGCGAUACAAUGAAUUUCGCUAUAAUAACGUUCAGCGAGUCUUCCAGAAAACGGUCGCCAAUUUUCUUACCUUCACGUACAAUAAGAGGCUGCACAGGACAUAUUUUCUCUGCCAAUUUCAAAACUCGAUUGAAACUAGUAUAGAGCGCGUGGUUUGACAUCUUUUAGGAAGAGGAGUCUCAUAACUAGGAAGUCGGGAAUACACUAACACCGGUACCGCUGAUGUCAUGCACAGAAAUCUCGUUACAUUCUAGCUAAAAUUGAAGUUGGAGUUAAACGCGGAUCACUCAUGUGGGUGUCAUGAGUUAGAGUCCCCUCAGACGUUAGCUUUUUCCUGUCUCACGUGCGUGCUGCCUUCUACGCAGACACUAGGGAACUUAAGAUAGAGACGUUUUCGGGGCGACGGCAACUUCAACCGGACGUGACAUCAUCAUUUGUUGGAUAUUGCGCAUGCUCGUGCUCACCACCUUGCCGUCGUGGUCCCGUCGGCGACGUGAAACUGGUUUGUUUGGCGUUGUGGCGAAAACGUGCGUAUUUAACGGUCAUUUCAUUCAGGUUUGUUGCGUUUAGCAACCAACAUUUUGCAGAUUAUCGUUCUUAAAUUGUCCUUGUUUUCUUUGAGGCACAUUUCAAGCUCGAUUUCCAAGCUCUGUUAUCUAAACUUACAUCUUUAUAAUGUUUCUAUGUUUUCAUGUCACAGGGUCAAGAUCCAACUUGGCAAACAGCCAACCGUAAGUGAGCUUGACAUGGACAAAAUUUUCCUACGAGCCAAAUAAAAGUAUCCAGACAAAAAUAUGAACUCCGAUAUUUCAAUUGUGUGUUUUUAGUUCGCACUUUUCGUUAGAAUAUCGUAUAAGUGAAACGCAUUGAAAAUUAUAAAGAAUAGUAGGUAAUACCAUGUACUAACUCGGCGUGGGAAUACUGAAAUAAAGUUCUUGCCGUUGUUGUUGUUGUUGCAUGCAAGUAUUUCCCGGGAAUUAUUUCAAUACCAAACUAAGAAUACGUUUCCUUGGUAGUAUUUUAAUGUUCCUGUAAUUUGCAAGGCUUCGACAAGCCUGUGGAGAUCAUUUUUUUUUUUCAACACGAAAUUCUGCCUUGAACUCAGCUGCAUUACGCAUGUUUUUUAGCGUGAACGGUCGUAACUGUCCCGAGGAAAAUCGGGAUUUUUGGACUCAUAAUUUCCCCACAAAACGAGAAACUCUUCAUCCGAUACAUGUUGUCUGCAUAGCAAAUAUUUAUUCUUUUAAUCCUUUAUGUGAAGCCAUAUUUCCCUCUUCGGUAUUCUUCUAAUUAAAGGCGCCGUCCUUCUGAGUUCACUGCCAUCUUAAUGUUCUAUUUUUGACGGGAAGCGACGGCUGCCUUAGUUCCAGGCUUUCUCUGCCAGUCCGGUCGCCGUCGCCCCGAAAACGUCUCCGUCUUAAGUUCCCUGUUAUCAGGGCUUCCUCAACGUGCGCGUGCGUGGCGAGUGUUUCUAUCUUUAUAUCAAGAUGAAAUGUAUCAGUCAUUCUUUCAUUUUUCAUGCAUUGAAGCAAUGAACUGUUUUAUCUUACAGCAUGUCCAAAUAUGGCAAUCCUGACAGGGACUUCAGGCAUCAUUAAAAGCCCAUUUUACCCAGGAUAUUAUGGUAAUGGCCAGACAUGCAGCUGGAAAAUCACAGCAAGUAGCGGAAAACGCGUGAAGUUGGUCAUUACAGACAUGGACAUAGAACUCGGUGGAAGUAAUUGUGGCAAAGACUAUAUACAAAUUCAAAAUGGUUUCUUACAUGGUAUUGGUGUGCCUCCUGGGCGAUUAUGUGGGACACUAACUAGCAACUCGACUUUCGCUUCUUACCGGGAAACGUUGAUAGUACGUCUUGUUACUGAUGGUUCUAUAACUCGCCGCGGAUUUAAAGCAACAUACACACAGGUUGCACUUGGCCGUAAGUAGUAAAAACCAUUUUGGUAAGGUUUUUGCACUGGUGUUCAACACUAUUCCUUACUAAAUUUAUGUAGUUACUACAGUUGCUGUGCACUACGUGCGUAUUGCUAUUAAGAAUAAAUUCACUUUAACAGUGAUUAUUCUGCGCAGAAUAAAUGUGAUUGCAGAAUUCUGUGUGUAAAAAGAUCGAUUUAUCAAUGUGGUAUUUUUCCUUACAGCACCAAGCGCACCACCAGCUAAUGUCCGAGGACACAACACAAGCUCUACCAGUGUUUGGGUAGAUUGGGACAAUGUUCCUCUCGCUGAUCAGAAUGGAAUUAUACUGAGUUACACGGUGACAUACACGGCAUUACCUAACGGCAGUCCAAAGACGGCCGUAGUGAGUGCUCCAACCACUCAAGCCAGCCUGACCGGUCUGACAAAAUACAGAAACUAUAGCAUUACGGUCUUUGCCUCUAAUGCACAGGGAGAUGGAAAUAUCAGCCUACCUAUCAUAGUCCUCACAGACGAAGAUGGUGAGUAGUUAAUAGUGUCCUCGUGCAUGGUCGGAAGCUAAUUUCAGCUAGUAAAUAAGUUUCGCAACUAACGUUAUUGAAAAAAAAAGGUCUGCAGAGGUCAGUAGGGUAAAGAUUUUACAAGUCUAAUUCGGUAAAAGUUUUGCAAGCGUAAUUUACAAGUCGGACCGUUGCUCUUACAAACCUAGGGGAAACAAUUUUAGUAAAGAAAGUUACCAGUACAAAUAACAAGUGUCCGUCUUCGCUUGUAGUUACAAGUGUAGCUCCACACUUGUAUACGAUACGGUAAGUAUUUGAUUUAACAAAGCUUCUGCUGAAGUAUGAAUAGCUUAUAGUAUACAAGAGCUGAACUUGUAAAUCACAAGUGCAAGUUACAAGUCGCAAGUCACCUGAAAACAUAUCGAGGAAGCUCAUUGAAAAAAUGGCACAAAAGUUAGUCUAUGUAUUUCUGCAGUGAAGAAGAACUUGAUGAACUUUUAAUAUGUCGAAUAGUUCGCCAGCCACAAACUUUUGCAAAAAUACGACUACUAGAAAUCGGAAAUCUAACGGAAUUCCGACAGAAGUUUCUUUUCCUUGAACAAACCUUUAUUAACAGGGCCGCAUGUUGAUCAUGGAACGAGGCGCAACAGAGCUUUAACUGCCAGAUAAAAAAUAAAUUCUGAUAUUUUUUCGUUUCCUUGGAGCAAAUUCAAUCUAUCAGGUUAUGCACUCAUGUUGUGAUGUCUCAUUCUGCGUUGUUUCGGCAAUGUUUAGACCUUUAAGCGAGGGGAGUUAAUUUGAUGGACUGAUAACCCAUUCAAUGUUGCAGCUAAAUUCAGAGACAUAGCGGGCUUUCCCAGUGUAAAAGAAUGGGUUGAAAGAACUCACAUUCCUGUUAACCCACCAAAUUGCACGAAGACGCCUUCGUUAACCACCAUCCCACCAAAUUUAUGCCAAUGAAGCUAUGGUCGCAUGCCCAGAUUACACGAUCUAUUUGCGAUCAUAGUGUUAUUCACAGUAUAAAUCACGGGACAAAACGCCUAAAUCCAUCAAUUAGAAAAGAUUCCGCGAUGAAAUAGAAAGCUUGUGGGUAAAAAAAAUUUCUUCUAUCCAAUAAAAAGAAUCAUCGUUUAUUAUGUCCUCUUAUUAGUAAUAAAAAAGACAUCAGUAAGCUACACGUUGAAAAAAAGUAUACAAUAAUUUCGUACAUUUAUAAAUUGAUUUUUCGAUUUAUUCAUUCUUUUGAGACAGUGGGGUGUAUCGCUCUUAAGGAAGAAUAUCACUCUAACACUGACCAUUCCACGCAAAAUAAACUUAACUGGAGAGUUGGAUCUGCGAAUCUUUUGACUUAUAAAAAUUCAUUUUGUUCUUUUAGAACCAAACGCACCACCAGAUAAUGUCCAAGGACACAACACAAGCUCGAACAGUGUUUGGGUUAACUGGGACAUUGUUCCUGUGGCUGAUCAAAAUGGAAUUGUUUUGACUUACACGGUGAUGUACACGGCGUUCCCUGGCGGUAUUCUACGGACGGCCAUAGUGAAAGCUCCAACCACCCACGUUACACUUAGAAGUUUAGAGGAAUACACAAACUAUAGCAUCUUGGUGUUUGCAUCUACUGUGAAGGGAGACGGAAAUGCCAGCGAUCCAAUCAUUGUUACCACAGACGAGGACAGUAAGUUGCCAAAGUCCUUACGAUACUUAAUACUAAAAUGAGGAGUAGGUAAACGUUGAAACGUUGAAGUUUGGAGGAAUACGCAAACUAUAGCAUCCUCGUGUUUGCAUCUACUGUAAAAGGAGACGGAAAUGCGAGCGAUCCAAUCAUUCUUACCAAAGACGAGGACAGUAAGUUGCCAAAGGCCUUACGAUACUUAACAAUAAAUAAGGGAAUGCGUGCUCUUGGUAGUUAUAAUAUAUAGAUUUGGCCAGGGCUAAACGCGUAGCUCCAAUUAAUAAAUUUAUAAUUUAAAUCAAACAAUUGUAAUUAUCCACAAAUCAGCCAACUGGAGAGAUCCAUAUGACUUUAACGGGUGGGGCUGGACGAUUUUAGAGAAGAAAUAAUUAUUUGUAAACAGCACAAACGUGAAACAACGUCUAAAAUCUUACAUCGAUGCGAGUUAAUAGUCUUAAAUGUACACCUAAAAAAUAGCAAUAAGCUUUGAUCACAGUAGAUUAGGCGAGAAAAACAAAUUACUCCCAAGCAAAAUAACCUAUUUGCCCACCUACACCACCUUUAUUUGAUAAGGGUAAUUGGACAGUCCCUAAAUAUAAUUUUAUGCUAUAAAGGCCGUUAAGAAACGAUACUCCUCGAUGGCAGACAAUUUACAAGUUCUGCCUUUUCGAUUUUAUCUCUCUGUCUAAGAGAAAGGCCAAAAUGAAUUUUUUGUGUGUGACUCGCUACGAAUUUACAUUACAAAUCUGGUAGCGCGUAUUAACCAGCCUUCAUCACCUCUGCGAGGUAUACAGAACUAUCAGUCGUGAUGUUUGUUUAUCGUUCAGACCUCGGACAGAGAUUCAUUCAAUAUUCAGAACGAUCAAAGAGCGUGCUUCCCUUGCACAACAAGCUAUAAAACGCUUUUAUAUAGAGAAUUCACUUUUAGAAGGGACUGUACAGUCAGGUCAAUCUGCCAUUGUGUAGAAAUAAGGGUAAUAAUGGGCUUUGAGCAAAGACUUUCGAAAACUCUUAUUUUAAUUCAAUUUCCAAAAUCACCCGUUUGGUCAGCCACUUCUGAAUUUUCAGAAUUUUGCCAAGCGCCAAACUUGCAAUGCGGGCUGGCUGGUGUUUGAAUAAACAGUACCCGGAGAAUUACGCUUCAACAUAAAAGAAUUAUUUAUUUAAAAAAUCAAGCACACCUAGUAGGAAGAGGUCUCGGAAUAAUUUUAGUUCCUCAUUUUGAUUCUAAAACACAAGAAUCUUUUACACUAUUCAUACACGCAGCAUUUUGAGUACUCCUGCAUGCGAUUCUUGUACGGCUAAAAACAACCGGCAAAGCGAUAAGAAAGAGAUUUUAAAAACAAUCUAGACAGGAUAUAUAAUUCAAUGAAACAUUUAAAAGGACAACAAUUUUUAUUCACGAAGACAUAAUUUCAGAGUGACGUGUACCUGAAAAUCUUGAGUCAUGAAUAAAACCUUGCAGAUUUAAGUUAAUAUGAAGUCGAGGCAAAAAAUAUCUUCAAAGCAUUCUUUUUACAACCAAUAUGAUACCUAAAUAUUCUUCAGAACGUUUUCUUUCUAGUCGCGGUGAGAAAGUGUUUAAAGACGUUUGAGGUUCUGUACUAGGUUAGAUCAUUGUCUGAAAUCUUACAAACGUGCGUAAAGUGACGGCAUAAACAACGCUCGGCUUAAUGAAACCUUAAAAAAAAAACAUCAGAUGCAAUAUAAUUACUUAAGCUUAAGCUAAGUCGAGGUGCAGCUCCUGAAAGCCAUCAAGUAUGAUCAGAAUCGCAAAAGACUUUUGACCCCCCUUAUUCAUCAAGGUGAUGUACAGAGAGAACCUUAUUUUUGAAAUGGGGAUUUCCGAAUACUUUUUUGUCAAGCGGCGCAUUUCUUGACCAAAACCCCCCAAAACACGCCAGCCAUAAAUUACAAAAGAUUCUUGAUAGCAGAUGUAUUUCAUUACGUAGAUCCAGUUUAAAAAGACGGUUAAAACACAGUAAGAUCAGACGACACUCAACUCUGUUAGCUUCAGCUAGAGUCUAUCAGUAAACAAGUUUCCAGAUGGUGCAUAAAUUGUCCACAUGAACUCACCUGUCAAAUUUUGACCAAUCUGAGAUAGGAAUGGGACGUACAGCGUGACCAACGCGUGGCGUUGCCUAAUAAAAUAGUAUUAAGGUGUAAUAUAGCAACAACAACGACAACAACAACAACAACAACAACAAAAACGACUGACACCAAUUUCGCUGGAAGAAAAACACGAAAAUCUUAUAGCGGCGGUGCGAAAAUGAGAAAUGCUAGCGGCCACUAAGGUGAAAAUGAGCGGCAGUGAAAAGCCAGUGUGAACAGGAACACAAACAUUUCCUUCACGGGUAACUACGAGGUAAACAAUUAAUAUUGAAGCGAGCUUCGGUUUUAGCUGUGGCUAAAUCUAAAAAUGAACAUGAAUGAGCAAUAUCAUCCCACACUAGCUUACUUCCAACAUUUCUCGAAUGGAUAGAACCAAAUUUUCUCAGCUAUCUGGCAAAGUUAUAACAUACUCCUCCCUCGACGGGAUGACACCUGACUCCCUUCCCUCUCCCUCAUAGUUUGUACGGUCAGCGCUCGUUCGUACGCUGACGUCAUUACUAGAUAGAUUACCAAAUUUUCUUAGCUAUGGGGCUCUGAUCGCGAAGCCCGCAGAGCUUCGCUAAAAAGGUCAAAGUACUAGCUUAACGUUAAAACAAAAAAAUAUACAAGAUAGAAUUUUGGACAUUUUUUUAGACAGAAGGGUCUAUCGCUCUUUAGGAACAAUAUCACUCUACCAAACAAACAAACUUGACUGAGAGUCGGGUGUGCGAACCUUUUAAAUAACAAAAAUGCAUUUCGUUGUUAUAGAACCAAGCGCACCACCAGUUAAUGUCCAAGGACACAACACAAGCUCAACCAGUAUUUGGGUAGACUGGGACACUGUUCCUGUGGCUGAUCAAAAUGGAAUUAUACUGACUUACACGGUGACGUACAUGACGUUCCCUGGCGGCAUUCCAAUGACCGCCGUAGUGAGUGCUCCAACCACCCACGUCACACUUAGCAGUUUGGAGGAAUACACAAACUAUAGCAUCUUGGUCUUUGCAUCUACUGUAAAGGGAGAUGGAAAUGCCAGCGAUGCAAUCAUUGUCCCCACUGACGAGGACAGUAAGUUGUCAAAGGCCUUACAAUACGUAACAAUAAUAGAGGGGAGGAUGUCCUCUAAUUAGUUACAAAAAGGUGCUUAAGUAGCUAAAAUUUAAAACAAAAAGUGUAAAAGUUAAAUUUUGUACAUUUCUUAUUCUUUCUUCAUUUUUUGAGGUCAGUGGGGGUGUAUCGUUCCUUAAGAACGAUAUCACAAUAACAAUUCCGCGCCAAACGAACUUGACUGGUGAUUCGGGUGUGCGAAUAUUUUAAAUUAUAAAAAUGCAUUUUGUUGUAGAACCAAGCGCACCACCAGUUAAUGUUCAAGGACACGACAUAAGCUCCACCAGUAUUUGGGUAGACUGGGACACUGUCCCUGUGGCUGAUCAAAAUGGAAUUAUACUUAGUUACACGGUGACGUAUACGGCGUUCCCUGGCGGUAUUCCACGGACGGCCAUAGUGAGUGCUCCAACCACCCACGUCACACUCAGGAGUUUGGAGGAAUACACUAACUAUAGCAUCUUGGUGUUUGCAUCUACUGUGAGAGGAGACGGAAAUGCCAGCGAUCCAAUCAUUGUUACCACUGACGAGGACAGUAAGUUAUCAAACGCCUUACGAUACGUAACAAUAAAAAAGAGAAAGGUUUCCUCUAACUAGUUGCAAAAAGGUCAAAGAAACUAAGCCUUAAAAGAAAAAGUAUAUUAGCAGUAGCCGUUGACUAGGAAGUUCGGGCGAACAUGUAGGUUUUCCUUGGAGAUGUGAUAAAUGAGAUCCGCUUUCAUGAAUCAGAGAAAGCCCUUUUAGGGCCUGUUUACGGGACGACAGACAGGUGAGGUAACAUGUGGCGGGUCACCCCGCCUAACAUGUAAACGUGAUCACAUUAAAAUGAGAGAUUAUGUGAACAGGCGGGUUACUCCACCUGAGCGAGUUACGUCACCUACCUGGGGUCCCCCACCUCCAUGUUAACAGGCCCUUAGUUCCAGUGUCAACAAAAGGAAUCAUUAAAAGUUAAGUUGUUUCGAUAUAGUUUUUCAGAGGCCAUACCGAUAUGUUUCAAUCGCUUUAAAAGAAAUUUUAUCGUUGUCUAAUCGCUAUAAAUUUUUCACCAAUGACUGACUAUAGAUUGAAUUUUGUCAAAAUGAAGGGUGUAGUAAAAUCGAUAUUACUAUGACAACAAUAAGCACUAGGAACUUAAAGUUUGGUGUUUAGCAAAUAAUCUAUGUAAGAAGUAAAAAGUUCUGUAUGUUUGAAUUCGACUAAAACGAAAAUGUAUUUCACACUCUUAAAUUUUCAAUAGCCGUGAGAGAUUAUUUAAUAAAAACGCUAUAAAUGACUCAAAUUACUCUUAAGUAGUGUCAGAAUGCUGCUUUAUAUCAUAUUUCGAUGCUAGGAAAUUUUGGCGUAUUUUCGUUCUUGCGGUCUAAGGGCCUGUUUACAUGGAGGUGGGGACCCCAGGUAAGUGAGGUAACCCGCUUUGGUGAACGUCGUCUUUCGCCUGAUUACAGCAGGUCUUGUACAGUUCUCUUUCACCCGCUGAUAGUCGAAGAUGUUCUUCCUGUGCUCUUACAGCAGCUACCUUUUGUUCCUCUUGAAGAUUCGCCGUCUCUUGAAUCAAAUUGUUGUUUUUCUGACAUGUCCAGCACAGGUCCAUAGCCGGGCGCAUGAUCAAAACAAACGGGCAAAGUUGAUUCUAUAAGUCACAAAACUUAGAGUAGCCGACAGAGGUGUGACCUUGACUCGCACAUAUCCCUUCGUAUGUUUCCCACAAGCUGUAUUUUGUUAAAACAGAUGGCAGAAGUUUCACAUUCACUCUUUUAAAUCCAUUGCUCCACAGCAAUGUUCAUAAUGAAUUUAACAACGUUCUCCACAGUUUCGAUAGAAGACGCGCUACUUGGUAAACGCUUACUGUUUCCUUGAACUCGCAAUGUGAGUCCAUUUGUCUUAUAAUGUUUCACAAGGCUACAAAACCUUGUUCGGCUGGCUGAAUGUAAAAAUAAAAUGUUUCUUUACAAAUCCUUCUACCGUGCUAAAAGAAUACCAUUCUUGUCCGCUCCCGAUGGUUUCCCUUUCUUCCUGACAAGCUGACGUCGCCACAGUGCAAAGAACUUUGAAUUACUCCAAGAAUAACAAGAUCGAGCUCUGCUGAAGACAACUCCUGGCAGUUGUUCCGACGGUCAUAAAAGUCAUCUCUUGAGAGGAUAGUGCUACAAGCCGCUCCUUGUUCUUCUAACUUACACUUGCAAGUAUCCACAAUGAAUUUUUCAAUCUUUUCUUUCUCCGAUAACUCAGCUUCUCCCAUCUCGAUACAUGAGUUCCUUUUCAUUUUCACUUUCUGAGCUGCUCUCUUUUCUUCAGUUUCUCGCUCACCAAAAUACAGUUCUUCGACGCUUUCCAAACUUUCAUAAUCUUGCGAAUUUGAACGCAUCAAUGCGCCAUUUCGUGAACGCUCCAUCGUAACUGAUGAACUGUUUCUGUACUCAAGAAACGAUUGAUAACACAUUCAUGCGUCAGUGAUGCGUGCAACGGAGACAAGCAUCAGUUAAUUUAUGACUGUUUUACCGCUUUUUGAAUAAUAAACAAAAAAAGUGUCUUUUUGAAACAGAAUUCCGAAAUUGUAUGUGCUUUUUUGUUUGAUUCUUUGUUUUUGCCACGAUAAUACGGCGUGUUUAGAGUACUAAAGCUCGAUCCGAGAAUUAAAUCACACACUGAGAAAAGAUAAAAAGAACCAAAUUAAAAGUAGUCCGAGUGAAAUUCUUGAAGGAAAUCAUUUGUUCGAUAAAGUUCGGCCAUUGAAUUUAUUCAUCGAGCUCGAUCUAAAGGAGUGACUGUCAAGCUGUUCGAAAGUGAUGUCGUUUGAAGUUACGUCGUCCAAAACCUGAUAAUAUGAGUUUUGUCGCCCAAAAUUCACACAAAAGUCCCCCUCUAUCCUCACUUAUGUCCUAGCAUGGUAUUACCUGAGACUUAUCGCGCUUGUUUCGUGGUCUCAUCAAAGUUAAAAGAAAAAAAAAACGAAAUAUAUGCUAUAGUACUACUGAAUUAUCGUUAUUGUUUCGUCUGUUGUGAACGCAGGGACGGAAAUAUGGAAAAACGGGCUUACCAGGAUGUACCCGCUAACGGAAACACGUUUGCCUCUGUGUUUCUCGCAACGGAGUCUAGUAUUCUACAGUGUUUUUAGUUUACAGAUUCCUGUUUUUUUUCGUCCUGUGAAGAACGAGAUAUAGUACACGUUUACAGCGCUUGAUUCGUCUUAGCAUAGCGUAACGAGAUAUCUUCCCAUAAAUUAUGAUUGAUAACGCUUCGUUCGUCAGGGGCACCUAACGAUGAUCUCCUUCUAAAUGCAUCCUAGCAUCCUAGGACAACUUCAGUCUUCUCGAAAUUACAAGGGCGUCUGCAUUAUCUUCCCGAAAAAUUUAGCUUCCAAUUGAAAGAUUUAGGAAAGUGAGAAUUUUAUCGUAUUUUCGGUUCCGAAAAUUUUAGGAGUCCUUAAUUCUCUACGAAAAAUAGCUUGACCUGGGGAGUGAAAUGGAAAAAAUUAAACUUCAGAAAAUCGUAAGAAAUUUAUUAGAGAAGCUUCGAAAAUUGUACAUGCAUGGAACGGUCAUGUAGAAAUGUUUAGCCUUCCUCAACAUAUAGAAAAUUCUAGGCAGUUUUUGUUUCUCCGAUUUAAUUACCUUCGUUCGUCUCAGCAUGGCUUAAAGAAAUCUAUUAAACUAAUUUAUUCAACUUCAUUUCUCUGUGCAUUACUGCUAAUAAAUUUUCCGGUGGCAUAACUAUAAUUUUCAGGCGACAUAACUUCAGUGCCUCGCAUGCGAUAGCAGGCCUCUUUGCGAUUCCGGUCAACAGCCGACAGCCGAAGGAAUUGGUUUACACUGUUAAUUACAGGCUAGACGACCAUUAAGUGGUGAUUUUCAAAUGGCUACGGUUACGAUCAAAUUCCAAAACAGUCUCAAUUGGUAUAUUUGAUUCACUUCGACCAGUCAUCAAUGCUGAUUAAAUCCGCUGAAAACCCAUGCCAUUCUUAUCAUCUUAGCAGUUUUAGUAAUCAACCGUGUUCAGCGUGUCUUGCCCAAAUUGCACGCUAAGCGUGCUAUAAUUCGCACACUUACCGGGACAUAUUACACGCUACAAAAAAACAAAAGGUCUAGCGUGUUAAAUUUACCAAAACAAAGGCAAGUGUGUCCGUCUUUGUUUUUUCAAUUUAAUAUGCGCAUAUCCGUGAUCUACGGCACGCUAAGCGUGUCGUGCAAGCGUGUCGUGAGCGUGCUUUCACCUUUAGUAUCAAAUUCCUGUGGAGGGUCACAUUUGAUCACGUUUACGUGAUAUUUGUGGUAACCUGCCGCACGUUACUUCACCUAUAUUGGGUCCCCAACCUCCAUGUAAACAGGCCCUUAAAACCUAACCUGUUUCCUCACCACCUGUCUAAGUGCAACUUCAUUCAAAAUCCACGCUACAACAUGCACCGUUUUAACGUCAUGCUAAUUUUUCCAAAUUAAUGCGGACAAUACAUACCUUCAUGACUAGUACAUUUUAUUUUGAAUUUAUCGCAUCUUUUGAAUGUAAAACAUUGACAAUACUCACACUGAAAUGUACUAGUCAUGGAGGAAUGUAUUGUCCGCAUUAUUUUGGAAAAAUAGCAUAACGUAAGAACAGUGAAUGUUGUAGCGCGGAUUUUUGUCCGGCUCGUAGGAUAAGUUUGUUUCCUGAAAUGUCAAGGCGUUGCAGUGAAUCAAUCUUAAUGAAAGUUUCAGACAUUAUAUACAUUAUGAAGAUUAUGUGAAGGGAUUUUAUAAAACUUUCUUACGAGACGUUUCAGAAAUUAGGUGUUUAUCAAUUUCGAAAGUUUUUGUUUAUUUUUGUCAUAGUAAUAUCGAUUUUACUAAAACCUACAUUUUAACAAAUUUCAAUCCGUAGUCAAUCAUUGGUGAAAGUUUUAUAGCGAUCAGACAAGGAUAAAACCACUUUUAAAGCGAUUGAAAAAUAUCGGUAUGGCCUCCGAAAGACUGUAUUCACAGUAUUCACUGUUGAUUAGAUAUACUAAGCCUGCGGACGGUGAGGAGCGAGGAGAGACGGCUGUAUUCACAGGCAAAGAUACAAUGAAACAGUGAUGCGUGACACAAGUAAUGAGUGUAUACAACAGUCAUGACUGCACGAAGUCGUUUUAUUCAAUAGAAUAUUCAAACUGUGUUCAAUGAACAAAGGCCGUUGAUAUGCAACAGAAAAUCAUGAAACGGCUUAAAUAACCACUGGAGAUUAAAACUCAUUGAAGCUUGCGGAUGAAAAGCGACGUAACAUGCUAAAAACGUAAAAAAAUAUAAAAAAACAUGCACUGAAGUGAAACCCGAAAAAACUUCAUUUACAUCGAUCUCUAGAUUUUGCUAACACUUGUAUCUUACCGAAAGGUACUGCACUAAGCUGAGAUCACGCACUACUGUCAUGUUUAUGGGUAAAUGGAUUCCCAGCCAGCAAGGCGAAUCGAAAAGUCUCAUAUUUGGUAGAGUACUUGUGUACCUGAAUUACCUGACGGUGUGCUUGCGAAUCAAACAAUGAUUGUUGCAUCACUUUCAUGUUCAUUCACGUGAUUAUUGUGACAUCAGACGGAUCUUAAGUAAUGGUCCAGAUAAGAAGGAAAGGACCAAAACGCAGUGAACACGUCGGAAUGCAAAAAGGUGCUAACUUUACUAUUGUCUCUACUAAGGUUCUGAUUGGUUUAAACAUCAAAUUUUAGGAAAUCUUCGCAAAGCAGCAUGUACAUCAAUCCUUUUUUUUCUAUCCAACUUCCUUAUAACAAAAUCUCGUCUGAGUCUAAGUAACACAGAAAUCGUAUGUGCGGAUCAUGUAAAAUUGUGAACAUUUCUUGGCCAUUGUUUGCAACUCUUGUGAUUGGUCGAAAUGUUUUAACACAAAAAUACACCCUUUAAAAGUGGAGUUUAAAUACAUUUUCUUUCGUAAACAGCCUUUUUGUAGAUUUAUGCACUCUCUGCGUAAAAAUGAAAACAUUUCUAUGUGAGGAAAGCGUAUUGCGCCACAACAAUAGAAAUUGCUUUCCUUCUUACCUGGAUCAUUACUUAAUUAAACUCGACACCACGGCCUUCGCGGCCACAUACCAUGCAUAUUGGUCGGUAAAACACGAGCAUUUCAAGAAUGUGGACAGAUUCAGGAAAAACCUCGCUAUACAGUUCAUAAAGUACCGCUGACGAAGAAUAGGCUGCAGGAUCCUCUUCUCGCCCCUAACAAGGUGGGGGGGGUGGAUGGAACCCCUCCCCGGAGGUUGUGAUAUGUUGCAGCAUUUUGAAACGAUUUUACCUUUAGUGGAAAGCCUUUGAUCUUCUUAAAAAGACAAGGUAUAUUUUAUGGGUGGUGGCGAUGCUAGAGGCCUGUGACGUCACUAACAAUGGUGGCAUCUUGGCAGCCAACCUGGAUUUUAACAAAAAUUAGAAAACAGGUUAAAACCGCAAGAAAUGGCAAUUUUUUUUGCUUUACAUGAAAAAUAACACAUAAAUGAGCACUUUGCAUGAUUUAAAUAAGCACUUUGCACUAUUUAUUCCACAAGAUUUACUUUUAUUGUUGAAAGAAGUUGACAAAACCUGUAUUUUCACCCAAAAUUGGCCUGACCACCUCCUACUUAUGACGUCAAAUCUCCUAACCAUAACAACUGACCAUCAGUAAACUUGUCUCAAAUCUGUGUGAGGGAUGAAAGAACAGCUACUGAAAACGUCAGGUGCGUCAUGUUUUGUCAUCUAGGAAAAAACUCAGAAAAACCUUAUAGGGGGGGCGGGGGAUGUCCAACCUUGUACGUCUGAGGGUUACAAAUGUAGGAUGCAUCACUUUUUGUGAACAAUAUCACACUAACCAUUCUGCGCGAAACAAAAUUGGCUGGAAAGUUGGAUGUGCAAAGAUGCAUUUUUCUUCUUGUAGAACCGAACGCACCACCAGUUAAUGUCCAAGGACACAACACAAGCUCAACCAGUAUUUUGGUAGAUUGGGACACCGUUCCUGUGGCUGAUCAAAAUGGAAUUAUACUGAGUUACACGGUGACUUAUACUGCGUUACCAGGAGGCAUUUCACGAACGGCCAUAGUGAGUCCUCAAACCACCCACGUCACAUUGAGGGGUUUGGAGGAAUACACAAACUAUAGUAUCCUGGUUUUUGCAUCGACUGUAAAGGGAGACGGAAAUGCCAGCGACCCAAUCAUUAUCACCACAGACGAGGACAGUAAGUUGGCAAAGGCCUUACCAUACUAGACUGAUACUUAACGUUGAAAAAGGGGAAGGUAUCCUCUAAUUAGUAAUAAGAAAUGGCAUAAGUAGCUAAAAGUUAAAACAAAAAGUAAAAAUACUUUGUACAUUUCUUAUUCUUUCUUUUUUUUUUUGGAGACAGUGAGGUGUAUCGCUCUUCAGGAACAAUAUCACUCUAACCAUUCCGCGGGAAACAAAAUUGACUAAGGAGUUGGGUGUGCGAAUCUUUUGAAUUAUAAAGAUCCCAUUUUCCUCUUGUAGAACCAAACGCACCACCAGUUAAUGUCCAAGGACACGACACAAGCUCAACCAGUAUUUGGGUAAACUGGGACACUGUUCCUGUUGUUGAUCAAAAUGGAAUUAUACUGAGUUAUACGGUGACGUACACGGCGUUGCCGAGUGGCAUUCCACGGACGGCUGUAAUGCGUGCUCCAACCACCCACGUCACACUGAGGAGUUUGGAGGAAUACACAAAUUAUAGCAUCUUUGUUUUUGCAUCUACUGUGAAGGGAGACGGAAAUGCCAGCGAUCCAAUCAUUGUCACUACAGACGAGGAUAGUAAGUCGUCAAAGGCCUCACGAUACUUAACAAUAAAAGAAAGGUUUGCUCUAAUUAGUUACGAAAAAAGGAUGACAAGUUCGGUGAAUUAACAGUUUUCCGGCACCUCAAUGUGGAUUUGACAAUCUUUUUUAAUGCUAUCUUAAGCGACGUGAGUAAACGGUCUCUCAGUUUCAAGACAAAAACAUAAGUGUGGGGUAAAAAAAUAUAGUCACGUAGACAUUGACGAGUACUGCUUUGAGUGUGAGCUACAAUAACAAAAAAUUAAUCGCUUUGAUGAUGUUAUAAAACAAUUAGUUCACGUUUCAGCUGUGCGUAUGUCGAGAUAUUGAGCACUUGGAAAGUUUGAAAAACACUCAAGAGGCUAGAGUUGCUCUCGACUACACCUCGAGCAACUCUUUUCGUGCACUCCAAACUUCCCGCGUGCUCAAUAUCUCGACAUAUGCACGCUAACGCCUGAACUAAAUUUUGUUCUUAUAGAACCAAAUGCACCACCAGUUAAUGUCAAAGGACACAACACAAGCUCAACCAGUAUUUGGGUAUGUUGGGACACUGUUCCCGUUGCUGAUCAAAAUGGAAUUAUACUUAGUUACACGGUGACGUACACGGCGUUGACUGACGGCAUUACCCGGACGGCCGUAGUGAGUGCUCCAACCACGAACGUCACAUUGAGGGGUUUGGAGGAAUACACAGAUUAUAGCAUCUUUGUUUUUGCAUCUACUGUAAAGGGAGACGGAAAUGCGAGCGAUCCAAUCAUUGUCACCACAGACGAGGAUAGUAAGUUGCCAAAGGCCUUACGAUACUUAAAAAUAAAAGGAAGGUUUCCUCCAAUUAGUUACAAAAAACGAAUUGUAAGUACCUUAACGUUGAAGCAAAAAUGAUUCCAGAUAAUGUUUCGUAAAUUUUAAAUUAUUGCUUUUUUGGAGAGAGAGUAAAGUUAAACGUUCUUAAGGAACAAUAUAACUUUAAUAGUGACUAUUUCGUGCAAAAUAAUCUUGACUGGAGAGUUGAGUGUGCGAAUCUUCUGAACUAUAAUAAUUAUUAUUAAAAACUGAAUCAUUGGAUAAUGCAAUUCUAGCAUUUUGUAGCCGUUAUGGUAUAUAAGCCAUUAUACCAUGCUCUCCAUAUAUGGUCGAUGUAUUUGGAAGCUAGCUGAGAUUUUUUUUCGCGAAGGAUAGAACGGCACCCGAAGCAAAUCGUUUUAAUUCAUUUCUUAGAAUAAUUGAAAUGCAUGCAAUUUCAUCGAAAGAAAAAAGACAAAAACAAACAAAAAAGCAACAAGAGCUUGUUUGAUAGUUUGUCGAAAAACACAUGAAAAUAUAUGGAACUAAAGUACCUUGACCAGCUACGAAAGAAGACAGGUGUUGUUUCUUCAUGAUCGCGAAGCCAUUCGCCGAUCGAGUCACUCGCUGAUAGAUAACUGCGGCUUGUUUAUCCGACAUCAAGAAUAUAAAUCACAAGUAACCAGCUACAAAUAAAAGGCUAUGCAGUCAGUCACUAGAGCAAUCGAGGCGGCAGUAUUCCUUCUUUUCUCGUUCAGCAAAGCCAGCUUGUGGCUUCAAACAACUUCAUAACAAGCGACCGAGGUAAUAGUUUUUCUCCGUUGUUCUUACUUUUGUAACUGCACCGAAAAUCCAGAUUCACAGUAAUUUCGACGGCUGUCACUUAAAAAUUCUUUUCCUUCACAUUAUCUGCCAGGUUUUUUUAGCUGUCCUGCUGUGUAAAAUCCUAGAAUCCCGAUGAGUUUUUAGAAAAUUAAUCUUCAUCGCUGCAAUGUUUUGAUUUUUCAUUCAUGCAGUCCAGGCGAGUCCGUUCGCGCGUUGACAGUUUUGAUAGACGUGUCACAUGUGAACAGCGGAAGUCCCUUGUCUUUUCCGGUUUGUUCUAGUAAGAGAGAUUCAACGAGUUUUUGUGGGCGUUUUUAAUAAAACAAUUAUUCCACUCGCGCUUGUUGGAUAUGAGAUGAUUAUAUGAAUUUGUUAACCGAUAUAUAGUAGAGAAAAGAGGUGAGUGUUGUUGUUGUUGUUGUCAUCUGCGUGAGCUGUGCGGGCUAUGGCGUGUGCAAAUCAUUCUUUGCAAGUUAUUUCUUUCAAAAAGAAUUGUUCGGUGAAUUAACAGUUUUCCGGCACCUCAAUAUGGAUUUGACAAUCUUUUUAAUGCUAUCUUAAGCGACGUGACUAAACUGUCUCUCAGUCUCAAGACAAAAACAAAAAUGUGAGGUAAAAAAAUAUAGACACGUAGACGUUGACGCGUACUGCUUUGAGCGCGAGCUACAAUAAUAAAAAUUAAUCGCUUUGAUAAUGUUAUAAAACGAUUAGUUCAUGUUUCAGCUGUGCGUAUGUCGAGAUAUUGAGCACUUGGGAAGUUUGAAGAACACUCAAGAGGCUAGAGUUGCUCUCGGCUGCACCUCGGGCAACUCUUCGGCCUCUUUCGUUCUCUCCAAACUUCCCGCGUGCUCAAUAUCUCGACAUACACACGAUGACGCAUGAACUAAUUGUUAAAUUUUGUUGUGACAGAACCAAACGCACCACCAGUUAACGUCAAAGGACACAACACAAGCUCAACCAGUAUUUGGGUAUAUUGGGACACUGUUCCUGCUGCUGAUCAAAAUGGUAUUAUACUGAGUUACACGGUGACCUACACAGCGUUUACUGACGGCAUUCCCCGGACGGCUGUAGUGAGUGCUCCAACCACGAACGUCACAUUGAGGGGUUUGGAGGAAUACACAAAUUAUAGCAUCUUUGUUUUUGCAUCUACUGUGAAGGGAGACGGAAAUGCGAGCAAUCCAAUCAUUGUCACCACAGACGAGGACAGUAAGUUGCCAAAGGCGUUACGAUACUUAACAAUAAAAGGAAGGUUUCCUCUGAUUAGCUUGAAAAAAAGGACCAUAAGUAACCAAACGCUAAGGUAAAGUUCCGUAAAUUUUAAAUUAUUGCCUUUUUGAGAGUGAGUGGAGCACAACGCUCUUAAGGAACAAGAUAACUUUAAAAGUAGCUAUUUCGUGCAAAAUAAACUUGACUGGAGAGUUCGGUGUGCGAAUCGUUUGAACAAGAUUUAGCCAGGGCUAAAAGCAAAGCCUCUAGCUAUUUAUGUGCUGAUAUAUAAGCAAUUAACUCAAAUAUAAGAAAAAACACCCCAAAAAAACACCUGAAAUGAAAAGUCUCCCUUAAAGCUAGAAGUCUUUUGUUUACAGCACGAUACUCUCUGGUAGCAGCCAAUUAACAGGUUACGAUUUCUAGGGUCAAAAUGGAGCGUUAGCAUCGACAACUGCGACAGCAGCCAAAACGUAACUCUUUUAAAUUGAAUUCACGUUUCGUCAAACUUUUUCGCGCUUAUGCCAAUUCGCUGAAUAUGCCAAAUGAAGGCGAGAUUUGCAGAAGUUGAUUUCUUGGGGACUGCACUCAUGUUUAAAAAGAGAGAAUAAGUCGUCGCCUGCUUAGGUCCUCCAUAAAACUUGCAAUUUUUUUUAUAUUAGGCAUUUUGACGUCGAUACAAUGAAAUGUUUAAAAAAACGCGAUGCACGUGCAAUAGUGUUGUGUUGCAUAACAAACCUGUUGCUUUUUGACGAUCUCGUUGCCUGUCGCCGUCGUCGCUGCUAAAGCUCCCUAAUUAAAUUGGAAAAGACCUAAAAGAAAAAUCUGGCCGACUUUUAAAUUCGCGAUAAGUUUAUUAUACUUUUUUCUAUUGGGACCGUAAUAGAACAGUUUCUGUAAACAUGAGCCAUAAUGGCUCUUGGUGUGAAUGUUUUUAAAAACGUGACCAAGCUGUAACCACACCCUUAAAAGUAUAUGUAACCGAUUGUUUAAAAACCAACCUAACGAAAUUUGCAGUCAUUUGAGUGAAAAGGCGUCAAAAGGCAGGUUUCUUAAGCCCCAGAAGCUCAAAAAUCACCGUAACCCGGCGAAGGAAAAGACGAGAACACAAAAAAGCAAUGGUAGCACUCUUAACUUUUAUAAUAGCUACUUUGGAGAUAGAUUUUGGCAUAAAAAAACUGUGCGACGUAAAAGGUCCAGUUGGCGAUAACGUUUUCAAAAAUCCGGCUAGAUAUAUUUAAGGUUUUUUUUCGUUAGUCAAACAAACGGAAUUUUUCAAUAUCUUUUUGAACAUUGGAAAAACUGCAUUGGCUGCCUCUAGGUGAACUAGCCAAAUUUUCGCCAAGACAAAUGCAAGCUACAUGUCUUGGAUUCCCCACCCCUACCCCUGCAGAACCUACAUAAUUGCUCCCUGACAUACCGUACGUACGGGUGGACGCGCGUACUCUAACGUCAUAACAAAAAUUUCCGGCAUUGAUAAGUUUCUCAUUUCCUCUUACCUAUGGGACUCCGCGGGCGCUGAGGGUUCGCUAAAAAUUAAUCUUAAUGUUAUAGAACCAAACGCACCACCAGUUAAUGUUAAAGGACACAACACAAGCUCAACCAGUAUUUGGGUACAUUGGGACACUGUUCCUGUUGCUGAUCAAAAUGGAAUUAUACUGAGUUACACGGUGACGUACGCGGCGUUGCCUGGUGGCAUUCCACGGACGGCUGUAGUGAGCGCUCCAAUUACCCACGUCACAUUGAGGGGUUUGGAGGAAUACACAAACUAUAGCAUCUUGGUUUUUGCAUCUACUGUGAAGGGAGACGGAAAUGCGAACGAUUCAAUCAUUGUCACCACUGACGAGGACAGUAAGUUGCCAAAGGCCUUACGAUAGUUAACGAUAAAAAAGAGGAAGCUGUUUUCUUAUUACUUAUAAAAAGGAGCAGAAGUAGCUAAACGUUAAAACAAAAAUUAUACCGGAUAAAGUUUCGUAAAAGGUUUAAAGGUCUAGAGGCCUGUUUAUAGAGCAAAGUGUACUUAGCUUAUCCAGGUAGUCUACAGGCACUCCACUCAAAUACUUAGAAAAAGAUAAUUUACAUACAGCGUAACAGGAUUAAGAACCCAAGCUGGGAGGAGGCAACCAGUUUGCUAUUUACAAGCGUGGCGGAGGAUUCUUAACUCGGAACGACCAAGAACAAACCUAGCAAGUCGAUAGAACGGGACUCGAACCCGGGAUCGCCGGAUUGCGAGUCCGACGCACUAUCAUGGCUCUUGGCGCUGCCUAAUCGGUCACGAUGCCUCCAUGGAAUUUUUCAUGAUUGCUCUUUUGAGAGAGAGUGGAGCUAAACGCUCACUAGAAACAAUAUAAUUUUAACACUAACUAUUUGGUCAAAGCAAAUUUGACGGGAGAUUUGGGUGUGCGAAUCGUUUGAAGUAUAAAACAAAAUUGUUGUUAUAGAACCAAAAGCACCACCAGCUAAUGUCCACGGACACAACUCAAGCUCAACCAGUAUUUGGGUAGAUUGGGACUCUGUUCCUGUUGUUCAUCAAAAUGGAAUUAUACUGAGUUACACAGUGACGUAUACGGCGUUGCCUGGUGGCAUUCCACGGAAGGCUUUACUGAGUGCUCCAAUAGCGCACGUCACAUUGAGGGGUUUGGAGGAAUACACAAACUAUAGCAUCUUGGUUUUUGCAUCUACAGUGAAGGGAGAUGGAAAUGCCAGCGAUCCAAUCAUUGUCACCACAGACGAGGACAGUAAGUUUGCAAAGGCCUUUUUGGGAAAGACCUACUUUAGUGGCCAUAAGUUUAUUAAGUUUCCUUCUAUGAGAACCCGAAUGUAACAGUUUGUGUAAACAAGAGCCAUAAUGGCUCUUGGUGUGAAUUUUUUGAAAAGCGUGACCAAGCUAAAUAGACAUCUUUAAAACUUUAUUUUUUAAAGUUUUUGUCGUCAGUCACACAAACGGAAUUUCAACAUGUUUUUCAACAUCGGAAAAACUCCAAUGGCUUCGUUUAGGUGAACUGGCUAACGUUCGCCAAGACAAACGUAAGCUACAUGUCUUGGAUUCCCCACCCCCACCCCUACAGAGUAGCUCCAUGCCAAACACUACGUAGAGGUGGGCGUAUGCUGAGGUCAUAACCAAAAUUUCUCGCAUGGAUAGGUUUCCCAUUUUCUCCUAGCUAUGGGGCUCCACAGCAAGCGCUUCGCGAGCGAAGAAGGUGAACUAAAAAUUGAUUUUGAUGUUAUAGAACCAAACGCACCACCCGUUCAAGUCCAAGGACACAACACAAGCUCAGCCAGUAUUUGGGUAGACUGGGACACUGUUCCUGUUGCUGAUCAAAAUGGAAUUAUACUGAGUUACACGGUGACGUACACGGCGUUGACUGGCGGCAUUCCAAGGACGGCUGUAGUCAGUGCUCCAACAACCCACGUCAUAUUGAGGAGUUUGGAGGAAUACACAAAUUAUAGCAUUUUUGUGUUUGCAUCUACUGUGAAGGGAGAUGGAAAUGCGAGCGCUCCAAUCAUUGUUACUACAGACCAGGACAGUAAGUUGUUAAAGAACUUACGAUGCUUAGCAAUAAAAAAGAGAAAGGAGAUUUCUUAUUAGUUGUAAAAAGGUCCAUCAGUAGCUAAACGUAAAAGCAAAUAUUUUGCAAGAUAGAUUUUGUACAUUUCCUUUAUUUUCUUUCAUGAUACAGUGGGAUGUAUCUCUCGUUACGAACAAUAUAACUUGAACACUAACUAUUUAGUGCAAAACCAACUUGACUGAAGAGUUGGUUGUGUGAAUCUUGUGAGGUACAAAAAUUACUGUUAUCUUUACAGAACCUAACGCACCACCAGUUAAUGUCCAAGGACAUAACACAAGCUCCACUAGUAUAUGGGUAGAUUGGGAGACUAUUCCAGCUGCUGAUAAAAAUGGAAUUAUACUGAGUUACACGGUGACGUACACGGCGUUGCCUGGUGGUAUUCCACGGACGGUCGUAGUGAGUGCCUCAAGAACACAUAUCGCAUUGAUGGGUUUGGAAGAAUACACAAACUAUAACAUCUUGGUUUUUGCAUCUACUGUGAAGGGAGAUGGUAAUGCGAGCGAUCCAAUCAUUGUCACCACAGACGAGGACAGUGAGUUGCCAAAUGCCUUGCUAUAGUUAACAGUAAAAAAGAGGAAGGUGUCCUCUUAUUAUUAUAAAAAGGCCCAUCUGAAAUGGUUAAACGUUAAAACAAUAAUUAUACCAGAGAAAGUUUUGUAAUUUUUCGAGUUAUUACUUUUCUUUAGAGAAAAUGGAGUUAAAACGCUCUUUAGGAACAGUACACCUUUCACACCAGAUAAUUUGUGGAAAACAAACAGGACUGGAGAGUUGCGUGUGUGAAUCUUUUCAUAUUAAGUGUAGAAUUACUUUUUUUGUGAUAGAACCAUAUGCACCACCAGUUAAUGUCCAAGGACAUAACAAAAGCUCAACCAGUAUAUGGGUAGACUGGGACACUGUUCCUGAGGCUGAUCAAAAUGGAAUUAUACUGACUUACACGGUGACAUACACGGCGUUGCCUGGUGGCAUUCCACGGACGGCUGUAGUGAGUGCUCCAAUCACCAACGUCACAUUGAGGGGUUUGGAGGAAUACACAAACUAUAGCAUCUUGGUUUUUGCAUCUACUGUGAAGGGAGACGGAAAUGCGAGCGAUCCAAUCAUUGUCACCACAGACGAGGACAGUGAGUUGCCAUAGGCCUUACAAUAGUUAACAAUAACAAAGUGGAAGGUGUCAUGUUAUUAGUUAUAAAAAGGACAAUAAGUAGCUAAGCCUUGAAACAAAACCUAUACUAGAUAUAGUUUCGUAAUUUUUUAAUUAGUGCUUUUUUGGAGAGUGCAGUUAAACGCUCUUUAGGAACUACAUAACUUUCAUCACCAUCAAGUGCCAUCUACUAGUAGUAGGUCGGCUAUCAUGGAUCUCCAGCUGUUCGGAUCUUUCGCUCUCCUUACACAUUCAUUAUCGGUGUGUCCUCACCCUUCUUUGAUGUUUUUCAUCCAGGUAACUCUUGGUCUCCCCCGUCCUCUCUUCCCUUCGAUUUUGCCUUCCAGUAACAAUUUUUGUAUCGACCUCUCUCUUAUUACGUGUCCUCGCUCUUAUUACCUGUUGGUAAUAGUGAACUUGUUGUAUUUGCCAUCUUUAAAACUUCUUGAUUGGUUUUAUGUUCCGUCUAUGAUACUCUUAAUAUUCUUAUAUGGGCCCACAUUUAAAAAGCCUCUAAUGUACUUUCCAUGGUUUUGGCCAGAGUCCAUGUGUCACAAUCAUACAAUAAUGUUGACCGUAUAAAACACUGCAAUAUUCUUUUCCUUGUUUGCAUAUUAGUAUUUCUUGAUUUGAGUACUCUUGACAUUUCGUGGAAUGCACUUUUUGCUAACGCUAUUCUUCGCUUUACUUCGUUCUCACAUCUCCAGUCUGUAGUUAGGAGUCCUCCUAAAUAAACGAUUUGUCUGUCUGUUCUAUAGAUUUUAGAUGUGUCAUGGUCUUUUUAUUCUGCUCAUCUAACGCUUUUAGUGCCCCAGUUGGAAGGUCGUCUGGGCCCGUUUCUUUUCCAUUUUUCACUUACCCCGUACACAGACGUUGUUUUAUCUUUCUUUUCGUUCUUUUGGAAAACAUCUGCGUGCGCGAGAGCGAGGCGAGUACGCGCGAAAGUUGGCGGACAAUGUUUUUAAGAGAUCAUGAUUUUACCGUUUCGCAAACAGAAGAUCAGUUAAGUAGGAUUUAUUCGCCUUGCAGUAAUAAGGUUAGAAGCACCUGGGCUGAAUUAUAUAUUAUUAAAACCAGCUUUCAAAGCGAACACAACGAUGAUAGGUUUCGAAGGAAUGUUCACAUCAGCUCAUGGUUCCGCGGCAGGCAGGGUAACUCAAUGGCUGAAAUGUCAGCUUCUCUCAUUGCUUGAACUUGAUCAAUAAUAAUACUUCGUAAUUAGGAUGCAACUAAUACCGCGUUCUUUUUGUUUUAUUUGUGUUUCCCUGUACGAACAACUGGAAAAUAAAACUUUACCCAAAACCCGUGCGGGAAGAACCGCCACAACAUGCUUUUGCCCCUGCCCAGUAAACCCAAACCAUCCUGGUGCUGCUCUUCUUUGAGCACGUUUUUGCUUGAAAACUGUGCCAAACAGUCGUCAAGCACGUUUUCCAUAGUCUAUACUCCAAAACAAAAGAUAUGCUCAACACAAGCUUGUAGUAUGACUGCAUCCCAAGUCGCAAUCAGUGUUAUUUUUUCAUGCAAAUGCAAUAGUAAGUGUUGUGGUUAGCGGGUCCAGGCGAUAACAAACACUUCUAGUCGCAUGACGCGAGCGUGAUGAGUCGUUGACAUGAUGAUGACAAGAUAAUCACCGUUCAGCUAAUGGUAAUUUGCUUUUCCUGGGAAAAUCAAGUUUUAGUUGCUCCCAAAGAUGUCUACAGACCGUCUAUUUUCUUCUUCACCCACCCCUACCCCUUUGCGCUGGCGGUCAAUAAAUCACCCGCGGUUUAUUUUUUUUCACGCGCGCUCGACGGACUUUGAAGAGAAAAUGGAGGGUCUGUGAACAGGCUAUUUUUCAUUAGGUGUAUAGCAUGCUCAACUUCUUCGAUCAGGAUGUUUAAUUUUGCCCGGUUAAUGCCUGAAACUGUGGAAUUGGUUCUCUGACGUCAUCAUACAAUUCUGUCACAUACUCCACCCAUCUUUGUGCUAUCUCUUCUUCGACAAAUCAGCUGUUCCCAUUUUUAUCUUUGAUGCACCCAGCACUACUACGACUACUCGUGUUUUGGCCUGUGUCUUGUUUGACUUUCUUAAUGUAAAACGGGGGGCGGUAGGCAACACACGACUUUUACCUCAUGCCAAAAUGCUGCUUGGUCCAAUAAUUUUUUUCUUUUUCUUUGACGGGUAGAUUAUGCUCGGGAGAAAAACGUUUUGACUUAUCAAAUGUGAUUUUUGCCGCUUAUUUCAAACUGAGAGGUCGUCUGAGAGGUCUACCGUGCGUAGAGGUGGGCUUACGCUGAGGUCAUAACCAAAAUUUCUCGCAUGCAUAGCUUUCGCAUUUUCUCCUAGCUAUAAGGCUCAACUGCAAACGCUUCGCGAGCGAUGAGGGUGCCUUAAAAAUUAAUUUUGAUGUUAUAGAACCAAACGUACCACCCGUUAAAGUCCAAGGACACAACACAAGCUCAACCAGUAUUUGGGUAAACUGGGACACUGUUCCUGUUGCUGAUCAAAAUGGAAUUAUACUGAGUUACACGGUGACGUACACGGCGUCGACUGGCGGAAUUCCACGGACGGCUGUAGUCAGUGCUCCAACCACCCACGUCACAUUGAGGGGUUUGGAGGAAUACACAAAUUAUAGCAUUUUUGUGUUUGCAUCUACUAUGAAGGGAGAUGGAAAUGCGAGCGCUCCAAUCAUUGUCACCACAGACCAGGACAGUAAGUCGUUAAAGAACUUAUGAUGCUUAGCAAUAAAAAAGAGAAAGGAGAAUGAUAUGUUAUUAGUUAUAAAAAGGUCCAUAAGUAGCAAAACGUCGCAACAAAUAUUUAACACGAUAGAUUUUGUACAAUUCUUUUAUUUUCUUUCCUAAAACAGUGGGGUGUAUCUCUCGUUACGAACAAUAUAAUUUGAACACGAACUAUUUCGUGCAAAACAAACUUGACUGUAGUGUGUGAAUCUCGUGAAGUACAAAAAUUACUUUUAUCUUUACAGAACCUAACGCACCACCAGUUAAUGUCCAAGGACAUAACACAAGCUCCACUAGUAUAUGGGUAGAUUGGGAGACUGUUCCAGUUGCUGAUAAAAAUGGAAUUAUACUGAGUUACACGGUGACGUACACGGCGUUGCCUGGUGGUAUUCUACGGACGGCUGUAGUGAGUGCCUCAACAACACACAUCGCAUUGAUGGGUUUGGAAGAAUACACAAACUAUAGCAUCUUGGUUUUUGCAUCUACUGUGAAGGGAGAUGGUAAUGCGAGCGAUCCAAUCAUUGUAACCACAGACGAGGACAGUAAGUUGCCAAAUGCCUUACAAUAGUUAAUAGUAAAAAAGAGGAAGGUGUCCUAUUAUUAGCUAUAAAAAGGCCCACCUGAAAUGGUUAAACGUUAAAACAAGAAUUAUACCAGAGAAAGUUUCGUAAUUUUUGAGUUAUUGCUUUCCUUGGAGAAAGUGGAGUUGAAAACGCUCUUUAGGAACAGUACACCUUUGACACCAAAUAAUUUGUGGAAAACAAACAGGACUGGAGGGUUGCGUGUAUGAAUCUUUUUAAGUGUGGAAAUUCCUUUUUUUGUGAUAGAACCAAACGCACCACCAGUUAAUGUCCAAGGACACAACAAAAGCUCAACUAUUAUAUGGGUAGACUGGGACACUGUUCCUGAGGCUGAUCAAAAUGGAAUUAUACUGACUUACACGGUGACAUACACGGCGUUGACUGGCGGCAUUCCAAGGACGGCUGUAGUCAGUGCUCCAACAACCCACGUCAUAUUGAGGAGUUUGGAGGAAUACACAAAUUAUAGCAUUUUUGUGUUUGCAUCUACUGUGAAGGGAGAUGGAAAUGCGAGCGCUCCAAUCAUUGUUACUACAGACCAGGACAGUAAGUUGUUAAAGAACUUACGAUGCUUAGCAAUAAAAAAGAGAAAGAAGAUUUCUUAUUAGUUGUAAAAAGGUCCAUCAGUAGCUAAACGUAAAAGCAAAUAUUUUGCAAGAUAGAUUUUGUACAUUUCCUUUAUUUUCUUUCAUGAGACAGUGGGAUGUAUCUCUCGUUACGAACAAUAUAACUUGAACACUAACUAUUUAGUGCAAAACCAACUUGACUGAAGAGUUGGUUGUGUGAAUCUUGUGAGGUACAAAAAUUACUGUUAUCUUUACAGAACCUAACGCACCACCAGUUAAUGUCCAAGGACAUAACACAAGCUCCACUAGUAUAUGGGUAGAUUGGGAGACUGUUCCAGUUGCUGAUAAAAAUGGAAUUAUACUGAGUUACACGGUGACGUACACGGCGUUGCCUGGUGGUAUUCCACGGACGGCCGUAGUGAGUGCCUCAACAACACAUAUCGCAUUGAUGGGUUUGGAAGAAUACACAAACUAUAACAUCUUGGUUUUUGCAUCUACUGUGAAGGGAGAUGGUGAUGCGAGCGAUCCAAUCAUUGUAACCACAGACGAGGACAGUGAGUUGCCAAAUGCCUUGCUAUAGUUAACAGUAAAAAAGAGGAAGGUGUCCUCUUAUUAUUAUAAAAAGGCCCAUCUGAAAUGGUUAAACGUUAAAACAAUAAUUAUACCAGAGAAAGUUUUGUAAUUUUUCGAGUUAUUACUUUUCUUUAGAGAAAAUGGAGUUAAAACGCUCUUUAGGAACAGUACACCUUUCACACCAGAUAAUUUGUGGAAAACAAACAGGACUGGAGAGUUGCGUGUGUGAAUCUUUUCAUAUUAAGUGUAGAAAUUACUUUUUUUGUGAUAGAACCAUAUGCACCACCAGUUAAUGUCCAAGGACAUAACAAAAGCUCAACCAGUAUAUGGGUAGACUGGGACACUGUUCCUGCUGCUGAUCAAAAUGGAAUUAUACUGACUUACACGGUGACAUACACGGCGUUGCCUGGUGGCAUUCCACGGACGGCUGUGUGAGUGCUCCAGUGCUCCAAUCGAAUGGUGGUUGUGCAUUGUUACCACAGACGAGGACAGUGAGUUGCCAUAGGCCUUACAAUAGUUAACAAUAACAAAGUGGAAGGUGUCACCAACGUCACAUUGAGGGGUUUGGAGGAAUACACAAACUAUAGCAUCUUGGUUUUUGCAUCUACUGUGAAGGGAGACGGAAAUGCUAGCGACCCAAUCAUUGUUACCACAGACGAGGACAGUGAGUUGCCAUUGGCCUUACAAUAGUUAACAAUAACAAAGUGGAAGUUGUCUUGUUAUUAGUUAUAAAAAGUUGCAUAAGUUGCUAAACAUAAAAUAAAAUAUUAUGCAAGAUAGAUUAUAUACUUUCUUUUUAAGACAGUAGGGUGUAUCGCUGUUUAGGAACAAUAUAACUUUAAAACUAACUAUUUUGUGCAAAAACAAAAACUUGACUGGAGAGUUAAAUGAGCGAAUCUUUCUAAUUUUAACAAAGCAUUUGUCUUCUUUUAGAACCAAACUCACCGCCAGUUAAUGUCGUAGGACACAACACAAGCUCAACCAGCAUUUGGGUGGAUUGGGACACAGUUCCUGUUGCUGAUCAAAAUGGAAUUAUACUGAGUUACACGGUGGCGUACACGGCCUUGCCUGGUGGCAUUCCACGGACGGCAGUUGUGAGUGCUACAACAACCCACGUCACACUGAGGGGUUUAGAAGAAUAUACAAAUUAUAGCAUCUUGGUUUUUGCAUCUACCGCGAAGGGAGACGGAAAUACGAGCGAUCCAAUCAUUGUCACCACAGACGAGGAUAGUAAGUCGCCAAAGACCUUACAAUGGUUGUCAAUAAAAAAGAGGAAGGUUUUCUCUUAUUAUUUAGAAAAAGGUGUUCAAGUAGCUAAAUUUAAAAUAAAAUAUUAUACAAGGUAGAUUAUGUACUUUCUUUUAGAGACGGCGGGGUGUAUCGCUCUUUAGGAACAAUAUAAAUUUAAAACUAUUUUUUGGAAAAGCAAAACCUUGACUGCAGAGUUAAGUGUGCGAAUCUUUUUUAUUUUAACAUAGCAGUUUUCUUCUUGUAGAACCAAGCGCUCCGCCAGUUAAUGUCCAAGGACACAACACAAGCUCAACCAGUAUUUGGCUAGAUUGGGGCACUGUUCCUGUUGUCGAUCAAAAUGGAAUUAUACUGACUUACAUGGUGACGUACACGGAGUUGCCUGGUGGCAUUUCACGGACGGUUGUGGUGAGUUCUCCAACCACUCACAUCGCACUGACGGGUUUGGAGGAAUACACAAACUAUAGCAUCUUGGUGUUUGCAGCUACUUUGAAGGGCGUCGGUAAUGCCAGCGAUCCAAUCAUUGUCACCACAGACGAGGACAGUAAGUUGCCUAAGGCCGUUCUUUUUACUUUGUUACCUUACAUUGAUAUAUCUUACAUCGCUUUGAGAUCUUUUCUACCGCUGGAAUAAUAGCACAAGGUUCCAUCGCCUGCCGUAAGACGCGAGGCCGCUCUUAGGCAAAAAUGCAAGGUGUUCCCUCGUUAGUUACAAAAUGGUCAAAGUAGCUACACGUUCAAACAAAAGGUAUAAAAGGUAGAAUUUUGUUGGAGAUAGAGAGGUGUAUCGCUGUUUAAUAAUAAUAUCACUCUAACCAUUCCGUGUUAAGCACAGCUGGCUGAAAAUUAAAGCGGUUCAAAUCCUUUGAAUUAAAAUGAUGCAUUUUGUUUUUUUUAGAACCAAACGCACCACCAGUAAAUGUCCAAGGACACAACAUAAGCUCAACCAGCAUAUGGGUACAUUGGAGAACUGUUCCUGUAGCUAAUCAAAAUGGAAUUAUACUGAGUUACACGGUGACCUACACGGCCUUGCCUGGCGGCAUUUCACGGACGGCUAUAGUCAGCGCUCCAACAACCAACCUCGCACUGAGGGGUUUGGAGGAACACACAAAUUAUAGCAUCUUGGUUUUUGCAUCCACAGUAAAGGGAGACGGAAAUGCCAGCGAUCCAAUCAUUGUCUCCACAAACGAGGACAGUAAGUUGCCAAAGGCCUUACAAUGGUUAUCAAUAACUAAAGAGGAUGGUGUUCUUUUAUUACUUAUUAAUUACCUUAUCCAGCUAGUUUACAGGCACUCCACUCAAAGAGUUAGAUACAAAUAAUUUAAAUACAACGUAACAGGAUUGAAAAACACAACUGGCAGGAAGCAACCAGUUGGCUAUUCACAAGCGUAGCCGAGGAUUGCGAACUCGGGACGACCAAGAACAAAUCCAGUAAGUCGAUACAGUGGGACUCAAACCUGAGACCGCCGGAUUGCGAGUCCGACGCGCUGCCUUAUCGGCCACGAUGUUUCCCUAAAAUUUUGAAUAAUCAUUGCUUUUUUGACAGAGCGGAUCAAAACGCUCACAAGAAACAAUAUAGCUUUAAAACUAACGAUUUUGUCAAAAAAACAUUUGACUGAAGAGUUGGGUGUGCAAAUUUUUUGAAGUACAAAAAUUAAUUUGCUAUUAUAGGACCAAACGCACCACCAGCUAAUGUCAAAGGACACAACACAAGCUCAACCAGUAUUUGGGUAGAUUGGGGCGUUGUUCCUGCUAUUGAUCAAAAUGGAAUUAUACAGAGUUAUACAUUGACGUACACGGCCUUGCCUGGUGGCAUUCCACGGACGGCUGUAGUGAUUGCUCCUACCACCCACAUCACUUUGAGGGGUUUGGAGAAAUAUACAAAUUAUAGCAUCUUGGUUUUUGCAUCUACUGUGAAGGGAGACGGAAAUGCGAGCGAUCCAAUCAUUGUCACUACAGACGAGGAUAGUAAGUCAGCCAAUGCUUUACGAUACUUACCAGUAAAAAAUAAGAUGUGCUCCUGUUGGUCAUGAAAAGAUCAAAUUUGCUAAACUUUAAAACAAAAAGUUAAUGACAGUUAUAAUUUUGCUGGAAACAGUAAAGUGUAUCCAUUUUAAGAAACAAUAGCACAAAAGUGUUGAAAUCUUUUGAAUUAUAAAGAUGCAAUUUGCUUUCAUAGAGCCAAACGCACCACCAGCUAAUGUCAUAGGACACAACACAAGCUCAACCAGUAUUUGGGUGGAUUGGGACACUGUUCCUGUUGCCGAUCAAAAUGGAAUUAUACUGAGUUAUACGGUGGCGUACACGGCGUUUCCGGUUGGCAUUCCACGUACCGCUGUAGUGAAUGUUACAACCACUCACCUCGCAUUGAACGGUUUAGAGGAAUACACAAACUAUAGCAUCUUGGUUUUUGCAUCCACAGUGAAGGGAGACGGAAAUGCGAGCGAUCCAAUCAUUGUCACCACAGACGAGGAUAGUAAGUUGCCAAAGGCCUUACAAUAGUUAGCAACAGAAAAGAGGGAGGUGUGCUAUUAAUAGUUAUGAAAAGAACCAUACGUAGAAAAACGUUAAAACAAAAAUUAUACCAGAUAAAGCUUCGUAAAAGGUUUAGAGGUUUAAAGGCUUGUUUAUAGUGGAAAGUGUAAUUAGCUUAUCCACCUAGUUUACAGGCACUCCACUCAAAGACUUAGAAACAAAUAAUUUAAAUACAACAUAACAGGAUUGAAAAACACAACUGGCAGGAGGCAACCAGUUGGCUAUUCACAAGCGAAGCCGAGGAUUGCGAACUAGGGACGACCAGGAAAAAAGCCAGCAAGUCGAUAUAGAGGGACUCGAACCCAAGACCACCGGAUUGCGAGUCCGACGUGCUCCCUUAUUGGCCACGAUGUCUCCUUAAAAUUUUGAAUAAUCACAAUUGUCUUUUUGAGAGAGCGGAGCAAAACGCCCACUAGGAGCAAUAUAAUUUUAAAACUAACUAUUUCGUCAAAAAAAGAGAGUUGGGUGUGCAAAUCUUUUGAAGUAUAAAAAUUAACUUUGUUGUUAUAGGACCAAACGCACCACCAGCUAAUGUCAAAGGACACAACACAAGCUCCACCAGUAUUUGGGUAGAUUGGGACUAUGUUCCUGUGGUUGAUCAAAAUGGAAUUAUACUGAGUUACACAGUGACGUACACGGCAUUGCCGGUUGGCGAUCCACGGAC